AUGGGUUCAUAGUAAGUACCUUAAAUAUGAUAUUCCAUUUAUAUAUUAUAUAUGAAAAAAAAUUCAGAAUUUCCAUGAGUGCCCCUCAUAUACUGAUACACUAUAUUUUAUAAUUUAUAUUAUUCAUAUUAUUAUUUCUUUCUGAUAACCAUUAGAUUGCAAUAUUUAUUUAUAAGAUAGAAAGCUAAUUGUCUAUUGUGGUUGGCUAUGAUGUCAGUCCACAAUCAAGUAGAACAGUAUCUGUUAAUGGUCACUCUUUAAUCUCAGAAGAUCAAGUUAAUGGCUAUAUACAUUGUGGUUGGAUAGUGGAAGAAUAUAUUCUAGCAGUAUAUUCGGUAAAUAAACUCUGUGUUGUAUGUCCCAAGCAUGGAGACUUAUCUUUGGCACAAGUGGCUCCUGAUACGGUAUGAUGUACGGACUGGUACUGAUAGAUGAAAUAUAUUUUUUUAAACAUACAUACACAUUGUCUAGGUGUUUUUAAAUUUAGGGAAGGAACUAGUCAUAAACGAUGAAGAUAUUAUUGGAGGAAAAUUAUUAGGUUGUGGGGCAUUUAGGUUUGUUUUCAAAGAAGUAUAUAAAGGAAUAAAUUCCAAUCAUACUAUGUAAAUUGCUAUUUUAAUGUUCCAACCUAUACCUCUAGGACUUAAUGCUAGUUAAUCUGCUGUUAUAGCUUUUAAAGUAAGUUUUUUUAAAUUAUUUUUGUUGUUGAUAAUUAUCAUAUUUUGGAAUUUUUACAGGGAGCACAAACAAAAUGGAAUACUCCAAUAUACUUGCAAAUCGUAUUGUAGUGCUAGACAAGAAUUAAAAAUAAUGCUAAAGUUGAAACAUCAAAAUAAUGUUCCUCUAAUCAGUGUUUGUACAAAACCAUUACCACUUAUUUUUGACCUUGCACCAAUGGGAAGAUUGGAUCAGAUUUUAAGAAACUAUAGAAGAUCAGGUACAAAAUUUGAUUCUCACAUACUACAACAAAUUGUUUUACAAAUUGAAAAAGUGCUUAUUAAUACAUUAAUAUAUUUCAUAUCUUAAUCAUUAUUUGUAAAUUAAAACCUUUUACUCUUUCCAAUACAAAAACAAAUAACUACCAAUUAUCAAUGUUGUUAAACAGCACAUAUUUGUAUUUAGGAAUUUUAAAAGUGUACAACAAAAAGAUAAGUUAUAAUAAAAUUACUCUACCUAAUAUAUGAUCAUUAUUUAAAGUAUCAUCGAAACCACAACCUUAUUAUAAAUUACCAUUUCUAAAGUAGAACAAAAUUGCUGCUGUACACUGAUAAUUGUUUCUAUAACAACAUAAAGAAUUGUAAAAAAUACAAUUACUCUAUAUUUUUAAAACAAAAAUAUGUACAAAUUCUACAAAAAAAUUAUUUUAAAGUUAGUCAAAUGAAAAUUAUUUAUAAAUUAUUAUUUUUAUAUUGGCUCUUAGCUAACUUAAUAUGUGAUUAACUAAAUGUUUAACAAAUUAAAAAUAUGAAUAUAAUACUAGGUACAAAUGAGCUUAUUAAAGUUUUGUAAUUUUUUUUUUUAUAUUAACUAUUAGUACUUAUGUAUUUUAUUAUUAAAAAAUGUUUUAGUUAUAAAGUUUUAUUUCAAGAAAAGGCUAACACUAAGACAAUUGUGUUUAAAUUGGAUGUUUUACAUAAUAUUAUACUAUUGUAAAUUAUAUAAAAGGAAUUGCCAGAACGUAUUAGUAUAUUAUUUAGUUAUUUCCCUAAAAUGCUUACAUAAAAAACAUUUUUGUUAAAGGUGUGAAAUGUUCAGAAGUGCUCUAGAAGUACUAAACAUUGGUGCUAUGUCACCAAAAGUGAAGUGGAUCUGUCCCUAAAAUUCAAGAAGUUACUCAAACCAUUGAUUCUAUGAUGGAAGAAGAUCCUCAAACUGAAAAUUACAAUAUCAGUUUGAAUAUUAUAUUAAAAGUAGCCAGUGGAGAGUUUAGAUUCAUAUAGUAUGUAUUUUUAUUUUUAUCUUCUAUUUCAGUUUAACAAACUAGAAUUUAUAUAAAUAUAUAUUAUUAUAAUUUUAUUAUUAUUGUUGAAUAUUUAAACACAAAUAACAAAAUUUAACUAGAAGAAUACAUUUGAGAGCUUCACAUUGCUUUUAUUUUUAAAAAAAGGUUAUACUCUCAUUAUUUUUUUUUCUUUAAAUAGUUAAAAGUUUUUUUACAAAAAAGUUAUGUAAAACCCUCAAAAAUGUGUUGUCUUAAAAUUUUUUUGUUUGUAUUCAAACUAACCAAUCUAUGUUCUAAAUAACAUUAUUUUUUUAGGUCAUCGGUUAAUUAAACUGAGAAAACUCUUUUUAACUAGUAUAUGUAUAUUUGGCGCCUUCUUAAUUUAUCUUUGAUAUAAUAUAUCUUCAAUUAAAUGAAUUAAAUAAAUAUGACUAAUAACAAUUUAUAAAUUAUUUGUUCUUUGUCAAGUGCAUACCAGUAGUAUAAAUAUGGGGGUUCUAGGAUAGUUUGAUAUUUUCACUUUAAAAAAUGAAAUUUAAUAAUAUUUCAAAAAAUAAAUAAAAAAAAUAUUUAAAAAUAAUAAUAAAAACAAAUGUUACAUAAACAUUGCACUAGGAACAGUUCUCUUUAACAAAAAUAAAUAAUAUAAUAUAUUAUGCAAUCGCACUGAAAUAGAUAAAUGUUCCAUACAAAUUGAUAAUGAUUAAUUAGGUCAAAUUGUAUAUACCUAAUAAUAUUUUUUUGUGAUAUUAAAAUAUUAUAUAUCUACCAAUAAUAUAACAUUACAAUUUGUAUUGUUAAUAAGUUUAUUUCUAUCUUUUAGAAUUUUACCAAAUUUCUAUAUGUUAACAAAGAUUUUAUUUUAAAGGUAUAUACAAUUUGAAGUCAAUAUAUCCAGUAGAAUCCAAAAUCUCUUAAUAAUCACUUUAGACAAAAUUUGAUAACAUAUUCUAAAAUAUUAUUUAAGGUGUGAAAACAGAAUUGAGUUACUAUAAUUUCUCGUUGAGAUAUUCUAACUCAAAAAUUUCUAAAAUUGGACUACCUAAAAAUUGAUUUUUAGUAUGUAGUGUUAAUAAGUUCAAAAAUAACAUGGGUCUUUGUUUUACAUUUUUCUGAUUAUUAUUGAAUAGGUUGGAGCAUUUCAAAUAUUUCUCCAUCCUAAGUAUAUAUUAUUUAUAAAAUCUAUCAUUAUAUUGAAAUAAUAUUAAAUUUAUAAAACUUAAAUGGACUAAUUUCAUUGUACUUUAAUAUCCUAGUGUUCUGGUCUAGUGGUAAAUAUUUUAAUUAUAAUUCAAUAGAUACCAGGUUUGAACCACAAUAAAAGCUAUACAAAUUUGCUAAAAAUAAUUCAGUCACUAUUAUAUUAUAUAUAUUAUAUUUAUAUGAUUGUGACACUUGUACAUGUUGUUUGUUGGACAAUUUGAUAAGUUAGUAGCUUAUCUGUGGUAAUAAACUCAUGAGCAACUGGAAUUAUAAAUUAGUGUAAUCAUAUGAUAGAUAAAUAGAUCAGAAAAUUAGAACAAUAGUUAACCCAAUUCAAUCACGUAUAAAAAAUAAUAUAUGAAAAAAGUGUGAGAAAAAAACAAAAAAUCGGUGGCAACCAUGUAUGUGAUUGGAUUGGGAAAACUAUUACAAAUUUUUUCCAUAUUUUUUAAUUUUUUGAACCUUAGUUAAAAGAAAUAUUUUCUAUAAUAAAUGGAAAACUUUAAAAUUAAAUUGAAUAGCGUCACCUUUAAUUAUAAAUUCAUUAAAUUAAAUGAUUUAGAAACUAAAUAGAUCAGAAAUAUUUAUAAAAAUAUUUUAGUAUUGAUAAAACAAGAUAUGGUGACAAAUUAAGUGUUAUUUUAGAUUAUAAAUUUAAAUUAUUUUUACCUGAUAGAUUUUUAAAUAAUUUUUCUCAUAAAGAAAUUGAAACAAUCAAUAAAAACACACAAGAGCAAAUCUUUUUGGNUUGUAAAGGUGUAAAACAACUUAAUAACAUAAAAUAUUUUAUUUGAUUGAAUUUGAAUAGAGAGAAUUAUACAAAUUUUUUAAUUUAUUUCAAAAUUCAAAAAUAUUAUUUAUAAUAAAUGAGAAUAAUAAAAAUAAAAAACGGAUAUAUAAGGUUAAAAAAUCCUAUAUUUGGAGAUAAUUUAUUUGUGGUGUUUUAGAUUUAAGUAUUACUUCAAAUUUAAUAAACAUUGAAACAGAUAGUUUAUUAAAAGUUAAAUGUAAUAUAAUAAUAUAAUAGGUAAUAUAAAUAUAGAAAAUAUAUUAUAGAUGAACUAAAUAAAAUUGUUAAACCUUUAAUAAUUUCUAUAGAAAGAGAUAAAAUUAAGAUCAAAUCUUAUGUUUUUUUUUUUUAAAUUAGACGAAAAGUCAAAUAAAUAUUUAGGUUUUGAUCAUGAAAAAGAUAAGUAUUUUAACACAAGGAAAAGUACUAUAGUUGGAUAUUUUCAAUUAAAAUUUUUAUUACCUAAUCCUGAAGAUGAGAUUAUACCAAUUAUUUAA